UUGACAGGGAACGUGCAAAGGUUGGUCACCUCUCCAUGGAAAGCGAAGUUGAACAAACUAAACUCCACUGUUUUCAACGGAUUAUUUGGCUGCAGGAUAGCCUACUUGUUUGCUUUUUGUUCUGCUUGGUCCAGAAGGAGUUUUCUGCUGACAUGAAACACCUACCUUAUAUGGUCAUCGUGAUGACAUCAUGGUUAUGUUGGCGUGGUCACUGUUCUAUGGAGAUGAAAUGUGCAGAUGCCCAUGCACAAGAUGGGCAUGCGGUGCAUGCCCACUGCGUCGUCAGUUACUCUCUGAUAAUUGGUUCAUGUAACUUUACAACCAAAUUCAAUGAAACGGAGGUUACAUACAACAUCAUAUCAACCAACAAGACAAAGACAGAACUCAACGUUGGAAUUCACAAUGUCAACAUUAAGCAACAUGAAAUUACAGUGAACUUGACAUUAAGUCUUUACUCAGACUGUGCUGCCCCAGUUCAAUCGACGUUUACUGUGAACUUCACCACAGUAACAACAAACACAGAUAAAUCUUUUGGUAAGGAAGACAAUCCUCACAAAACUUGGUGGGUCCUCGGAGGAAGUGGCAUUGUCAUAGUUAUAGUUAUUGUCGGCCUUGUCUUGUUCACACUCAAGAGGCACAGGACGUACUCAGGGUCAAGCUCACUCAAGCUCUGGAAGCGGACUUCAUCAGCUGACACGGACGUGGAGAGUAACGAUGACAGCAGCAGUCGUCAGGGCUCAGACAGUGAGCCUCUCUCAGGGGGUCAGGAACUAAGAGACACACACACACCUCCCGCGACAUCACACACAGAUGACGCCUCCAGCUGAUUCCAGAUCCAGACACUGUGAGACCCCAAGUGAGGUGAAAAUGAACACUAUCAUGGAGUUUAAGCUGCACACAUAAGCUACACUAAGCCCCAUGCAACACUAAAAACGCGACCAGAAUGUCCUGCCACUGUGAGGGAGAGAAGAAGAGGCUUGCUGGCGAGCACAAUUCUUUCCUAAAUUUUUUAUUGUUAUUAUUAUUGUGCCUAAUGGGUUAAUAUGUGUUUUGGGUCUUUGAUGAAUCUGUGUAGAGGGGAUGUUAUAGUUCAAACUGCUGUGUGCAGUGUAAUGGGCAUUCAUUGUAAAAAAAAGAGUAAAAGGUCCGCACACUUGAUCUCACUUAGUUUACUUUAUUAAAGACAAAUUACUUUGUCUAAAGAAGAGCCAUGCGGCUCGAAGCGUAACUUGUCUUUAAUAAAGUAAACUAAGUGAGAGCAAGUGUUGCGGACCUUUUACUCUUUUUUUGGAUCUUAACUUUUUGGCACCUGCACCUUUAUUUGGAUGUGCGCACCGUUUGCAACUAAAUACCAUUCAUUGUAAAUACACUCUAUACUGUAUCAUUUAAAUAAUGGUGAAAGGAGGGAUGGGGAAUGGUUAUAGAUAUAUAAGCUCAUCUGUAGCAUAAAUCUUUUAGGAUCGGAACCGGCUCAUGUUCCCCAGGUUCUGCACUUAAUCCAGGCCGAAUCAGGUCAACUCAGCUUCAAAGCACAAAUAACACUAACAGAGCAAACUUUAAAAAUCACUGUGAAUUAUAUUAUCAGAACACGUGUGCAGGUUAUACUGUAUAUCUCUACUCCAUGCCUGAAGGCAGGUGAAAUCCACAGCGGAGGUCAGCUCGGAUACCCUGACGUGUGAUCUUAAUAGUUCAAGUUUGCACGUUUGUUUGAACAAUUACAAACAUGAAGCAAUGUAGCAUUUUGGAAUCAAACUCUUUAUUGCGUUCCUCACCGUUCAUGUGAUGGUAGCACCGUUCAUGUGAUAUACGUUCAGACUAUUAUUAUUAUUCUUGAAUUUCCCCUUGGGGAUCAAUAAAGUAUCUAUCUAUCUACUGUACCUAUCUAUCUAUUAAUCAUUUGUGACACUAACCAAGUGAAUGUGUGUGACAAAUGCUCACGCCAUAAUCGAUAUCUGUAUGUAUUCAUUCGCAAUGUUUUAUAUGGGUAAGGUAACAUUAAUAAAAGUGUUUUUUUAAAUACCAA